AUGACAAAGGUUACUGGCCUCCAUGUCUCAGAAAAGUUCAAGAUAAAUGACAUUACUCAAACUCUCAAAGCUGUCAAAAAUGAGCUCAACAGCCUCAACUGUUGCACAGGUGCAGAGACCAUUCUGUAUACAACACGUGGCUCUACAGAUCUCCUUCUGCGAGGUGUCGCCUUUGCCACCAAAGGUGUCCAACACUUCAUGAGUUCUGUCAUGGGGAUCGACAAUCAAGAUCUAGUCAGCAAGAUGGAAGGUUUUGCAGUGCAAGGGAUGAAAGAACUCAUCACUGGUGAUCCUGAUGCCAGGAUGCAGUGGACACAUUAUUUUCGUAAUGUUGUUCAGCACUAUCAAGUCGCCAUUGAGAGCUGGCCGGACAACAUUACAUUCACUAACCUUAGUCAAGCCUCGAGUGCACGUCCCGACCUCGAGAUGCUUUACUCAAAGUGGGAGUCAAAACAAAUCAAAUGGAAGGUACUGGCUGAUGAGGAGUUCGAGGAGCUUUAUUCAAAAUGCCAGGGGCAGAUUGACAGAGGCAAGAUCAUUGAUCACCGAAAGAAGCGCAAAGGGCUCCCAGCUGCCAUGAACCCAAAUCGCUGCAAAAAGUAUGAGAGUUCUGAGACCGCCGAGGACAAUGAUUGCACUGAUGAAGAGGAUGAGCAUGGGGAUGAAGAACGAGAUGAGCCUGUUGAUGAGCCUGUCCGUCGAUUUUCCACACCAGCAGCUGCUCAUGCUGCUAAUCAACCCUCUACUUUUGAUCUGGCUAAUACCUCUACUAGUUUGCAGUUGCCAGGUUCUAAUGUCCCUCUCCCUUCCAAUGCUCCAGAUGCAUCAGAUUUCAACUUUUAUAUCCCUAGAGACUCUGAUGUAUCGACUUUCCCUCAGUUUGACUCUGAUGCUAUGUUAGCAACCUUAGAUAGGAUGUUCGGUCCUGCACCUUAG